AUGAGACACAUGGAGAAUAGAAACAACGUGACAGAGUUUGUUCUACUGGGGCUCACACAGAAUCCAAAGAUGCAGAAAGUCAUAUUUGUGGUGUUUUUGAUCGUCUACAUCAUCUCCAUGGUAGGAAAUAUACUCACUAUGGUCACCAUCACCCUCAGCCCAUUGCUGAAGUCCCCCAUGUACUAUUUCCUGGCUCAUCUCUCUUUUAUUGAUGCUUGCUAUUCCUGCGUCAAUACCCCUAAACUCAUUAUAGAUUCACUCCAUGAAAAGAAAACCAGCCCUUUCAAUGAAUGCAUGACCCAAAUCUUUGGGGAACAUUUAUUUGCAGGUGCUGAUGUCAUCCUACUUACUGCAAUGGCCUAUGACCGCUUUGUGGCCAUCUGCAAGCCGCUGCACUAUACAACCAUUAUGAACUGGCGGCUGUGUGGCCUGCUAGUGGGAGUGUCAUGGGUGGGAGGCUUUCUUCAUGCGACCAUACAGAUCCUCUUCAUCUUCAGAUUGCCCUUCUGUGGUCCUAACAUCAUAGAUCAUUUUAUGUGUGAUCUGAAUCCUUUGCUAGAUCUUGCCUGCACUGAUACACACACUCUAGGGCUCUUCGUUGCUGCCAACAGUGGUUUCAUCUGUCUGUUAAACUUCCUCCUCUUGGUUGGCUCCUAUACAGUCAUUCUCCACUCUUUAAGGACUCAGAGCUUGGAGGCAAGACAAAAAGCCCUCUCCACCUGCCUUUCCCACAUCACAGCAGUGGUCUUUUUCUUUGUGCCCUGUAUAUUUGUAUACCUGAGACCUGCAACUACUUUACCUAUUGAUAAAGCAGUUGCUGUCUUCUACACUAUGAUAACUCCCAUGUUAAACCCCUUAAUCUAUACCCUCAGAAAUGACCAAAUGAAAAAUGCCAUUAGGAAAUUGUGUAGAAGGAAAGUGAUGCCAGGUGACCAAUAA